AUGGCCACGGUGCGGGAGAAAGCGGCGGCUCUGAGCCUCAGCGCGGUCUGCAGCCCGGCCGCCAGGCCAGCGGGCUUUAGCUUGGCGCAGAAGCCCUUUGGAGCCACGUACGUCUGGAGCAGCAUUAUCAGCGCUCUUCAAACUCAAGUGGAAGUGAAAAAGCGCCGCCAGAACCUGAAGUGUUACCACGACUGCUUCAUUGGUUCGGAUGCUGUGGAUGUUGUCUUUGCCCAUCUUCUUCAGAACAAGUAUUUUGGGGAUGUGGAUAUUUCCCGGGCGAAGAUCGUGCGCGUGUGCCAGGCGCUGAUGGAUUACAAAGUGUUYGAGGCUGUCUCCACGAGAGUUUUUGGCAAAGACAAACGCUCUGUGUUUGAGGACAGCAGCAGCAGCCUCUACAGAUUCACAAAUUCCUCCACCCAGCCAGAGCCUGAGAAAGAUUACCAGCAGUGUACCCCACAGAGAUAUGAGAAGAGCACGUUGUUCCACUCUGCGCAAUUCAAACCAGAAAGCUUGGAGGAUCUUUGGGAAAACCUGAGCCUAAAGCCUGCAAAUAGCCCUCGAAUAAACAUCUCAGAUCGUUUAUCCCAUCGAGUUAUUAAUGAAGUGUGGCAAGAACAAACAAUCGCUCGCCUGCUGCAGCUGGUGGACCUCCCUCUGCUGGAGUCUCUGCUUGAGCACCAGGAGAUCAGACCUCAGCUUCCACAGCCCAGGAAAGCARCUGGAUAUGUCAUCACAAGUAACUACCUGGACAGGGAGAUUCUCAAGGCUUUCAGUGACUCACAGACAGAUGAGUGGCUCUCGGCAGCAAUAGAUUGCUUGGAAUAUCUUCCAGAUUAUAUGGUGGUAGAUAUCAGCAGGAACCUGCCUGAUCAGCCGGAUAAAGCAGAUAGCUGGAAACUGCUGCUUUUUGAAAAUAUUGGGAGAUACUACAGCCAAAGGAAGGAGCCGCUGUUAAGCCAUGCGUCUGAAAUUCAUUUAGGAAUUGCAGAACUAUUAGUGAAUGGGAAGAUGGAGCAAUCUUUAGAAGCUGUCCAACUCUAUUUGAAACUCCUCGACAGCCARGUCAGGGAGGAGUUCAGGAGGCUGCUGUACUUCAUGGCUGUUGCAGCACACCAUUCUGAGCUCAAGCUACAGAAGGACAGUGACAACAGGAUGGUUGUGAAAAGAACAUUCUCUAAAGCUAUUAUCAACAAUAAAAACUUAUCCAGAGGGAAAACGGACCUCCUGAUCUUGUUCCUUGUGGACAACCAAAGAGAUGUGUUAAAGAUCCCAGGGGCACUGCACAAAAUGGUCAGCAAUAAACUGCUGGCUCUGCAGAAAGGCCAGGAUCCCACUAAGAUAACAGGUUAUACCUUUUGCCAAAAGCUUGAUGAAAGAGAGUAUCGCUCCAACACGGAGAAAACCACGAAAGAUGAGCUAUUAUCUCUGCUGAAAGCUAUUGAUGAAGAUUCAAAGCUCUCUGACAAAGAGAGAAAGAGGCUGCUAGGUCAGUUUCAUAGUAGUAAUCCAAGUAUUUUUAUGCAGUAUUUUGGAGACAGAGUUACUAACAUGUGUGUGUGAGAUUUUAUGGAUCAAUUUGUAUACCCCAGCAUUGAAAACACUAAUAUAUUUGUAAAUCUUUUAUAUUCAUGUAUCUGCCUAAUAAAAUUAUUUUGUGGAAAUGGAUAGAAUUUAUGCAAUUAUUACCAAAGCCAACAGUUCUGAGUUUAGCUUUUCUCAUUCUUAAUUGCUGUAGGACCAAAAUAAUUCUUACUUUUCYUCCC